AUGCCGCUCAUCGUUAUCGGAGUCCUUGCCGAAUUACGAUGGGAAAUCUAUUUUGAAUCGGAUCUAUAUGACCCCUAUGAUCGUUAUGAGCGACGUGAGCAACGGCAAAGCUCCUCACAUUGUCCGGAAUCAGCACCAAAUGCACCGACUGGAAAUUACGACAAAGGGAUUGUCCACGAGCAGAUUAGACUCAGUAAAAGAAUGCAAGAGGUGAAACUGCAGGCACCGUAUGACUGGGCUCCCCUUACGGGCAUGCCGAUCACAAUAUUCUAUCCGUCGACAAUCUGUUCGGAGUCGCCAGUCCAGCGCGGCUAUUCGGAUGGCUGUUCGUCCCCUAUCCCGCCAGAUCCGCCUAGAGAACACGAUAGCGAGUACAACUACUACAAUUUGGAGGACCUACUAUCGCCGGUUCAACCUCGAUCGCUGAAUUGCCUCGUCGUCAAGGAUGAAUGGCUGCUAGCCCAUACUAGUCAAACCCGGGAUUUCGAAUGGACAUGCAUCACCCCACGAUCCCUCAAAGCGAGAGAUGAAAAAAGGCAAGCUGGAUCAUUCAAUUUCAACAAUGAUGCUCGCAACACCGACCACAUCUUUAGCGGGGCCGCCGCUCGAUUUCUUGCAAUUCACGAGGGAUCCUUGAUACGUAGUCCAGAUUUCGACCAGAAAUCACAUAUAGAUCGCAUAAUUGCUGACAUUUGGUCUUGUGACGCGCUUCCUGCACAUCGUGAAAUAUUACUUCCUCGUUGGCCUCUCAAUGCAGAGAUAGUUCAACCAGUAUUACUGGACAUUGCAUGCUCACCGACAUGCCAAUCACUUAGCUGGUCCAAAAAUCAUUCUCCAAUUCUGAUGGCUGCACACUACGGUAGCGCCAAGGACCCGGCUGCCAUGGAAAUACUAGCCAUGGCAUUUCAUACUGCAAUGCGACCAGAUACCAUCGUGGAUGGUGACACAUGGGAUACUUUUACGAAGCGUGGGCUUGUCGUUCAGGAACACACACCAGUCUAUCGAUGUCGUGAAGACAUCAGCAGACGCCAAAAGGUUUCCCCUGGUUGGGGAGCUGUGUCUUCGACGAUCGUCGUCCAAACUAUGGACGUAUUCUAUAGCUCCUCUUAUAGCUCCUUGCAAUCCCUCGCUAUUCUCUUACGCAUAGGCAGUCGCGCUCGAGAGAUUUUACACAAACUGGAGAUGUGGAGAGGCUAUGACAAAGUACUUAAUGUAUAG